AUUCUGCAUUAAUGCUGAAAACAUCUAAAACAUCAGCAACCCAGUGGCAGAGUCGACAAAGACGUUGAUAGCCACAAGGCAGGAUCGGGACACAAAUCCCAUUCGAAUUGACCGCCGUCCGUUGAGAGGGCCGGCUAACCAACUACGUGGCAUCGAAAGGUCUAGUCAGCCAGUAAAAGCAGGCAUAGUCGAGCAAGAGGUCGUAAGGCCAAAAAGAAGAAUAAGAAUAUGCAGAACAAAACUUCAAAAAAAAAGAGAAAUAAAGAAAUAAAUAAAACAUACAGCUAUGAAAAAAGCAAUGAAUAGAAAAUCUGCACUAUUCUAUUAUCAACAAUCUAGCCGCAUAAUGCAUAAUCUACUAGCGUUAAAAAUGUGUCGAUUUUCUUCACUAUUAUAUUUUCAUAGGGAUCGAUUUAAUUCGUCAUACCUCACACCUCAUUCUCACCGCCGCGUGCGAUCAAGGGUGUAAACAAAAGCAAACAGAUAAUUAUUUUUCGGUCAUCCGAACAGCACCAUCAUUAUCAGCACCUCCCUCCUCCUACCACCUGCGCCUUCCUUUAUCAAUCUGCCUAAAAGUGGAUAGAGUGCUCAUUUUUAAGGCUCUGAAAACAACAGGCAAUAGGUGUUUAUGGACAAACACCUCUGUUAGCUCUUUCUCCUGCCCAAUGCACCAAUUAUAUUCCGAAUGGUCGUUGUUCCGUAGACCGCACAAAUCGUCACCCUUGAUGAAUAUAGUUUACACGAGCCCCAUACAAAGCAGUUAAAAAAACAAAAAAAACACAACAAGAGGACAGCAGAAACCGUGCAGCACACACAGAAACGACAUCUUGCCUGGCGUUUUCAUGCUGCCGUCGCCUCUUCAGCCGUUUCCAUUGGUAGAGGUCACCGAUCGGUGAUUCGUGCCACCGUAAGGCAAAAUUUUAUAAAUAUGGGUCCGCUGCGUUCGUCGCGCCCAGACCGUCAACAUACUUUGGGCCGAUCACGAGGCGCGAAAGACACGCACCCAACCAACUAGGAACGCAUUAAUAAUCCGUACGAGCUAAUGAUCGAUUUUUUGAGGUGUGUGAAAAUUUGAACUUUUAAGUACAGCAUAGUGUAGUGAGUUUUUCGCAGUGUUCCAGUUGUUCCAGAUCUCUUGAGAACGCGUGUGUUUGAUCGUUACGUAUAAAAAUUACUAUUUCUACAAAGUGAAGCGGUGUGAUAGAAGAGUUGACGCAAACAGUGAUUUUUAUUGCUUUUAACACCAAUAAGAAACCUGGAAUAUACAAUUCGGGAAAAUUUCAAAACGGAAAGAUUUCCUAGGGCAAGAUAAAAGAAGGAAAAAUUCCAAUAGCCAGACAUGGAAAAUUCUUUCGCUUCCGAUCGGUGGACGAUACGACGGGCAAGCGCACUCGUGACCGUGUUUUCCCCCCUGACAUUGGCCAUGCUGCUCGUACUGGCGUUCGUUUUGCUGAUCUUCAAGGCACGGCGGGCCAAGAUGGUGAAGCUGAUCGACCAAAUACCUGGCCCCGUUUGCAUGCCGCUCGUCGGCAACGGUCUGCAAAUUAACGUUGGGUGCAAAGAUGAGCUGUUCGAUCGUAUCAUUGCUUCAAGGAAAAUGUUUGGCCGCCGUCAAGGUAUCAGCCGCGUUUGGAACGGUCCCAUACCGUACGUGCUAAUUUCAAAAGCUUCUGCAGUCGAGCCAAUAUUGAGCAACCCGAAGCUGGUGGAGAAGAGCAACGAUUAUGACUAUAUGAAGGCAUGGCUGGGGAACGGAUUGCUCACCUCGCCCGGAUAUGUAUGGCAUCCGCGCCGCAAAUCGUUAACUCCGGCCUUUCACUUCAAGAUAUUGUCGGACUUUGUGACGAUAUUCCAGAAUCAGGCUGAAGUAUUGAUCGAGAAGCUGUCAGAGCACACGGUACAGGGUGAAGCGUUUAACAUUGUACCGUAUGUGACGCUCUGUGCGUUGGACAUUUUCUGCGAAACUGCGAUGGGAUGUCCUGUAUAUGCACAAAAGAACUCUAAUUCUGAAUAUGUUCGAGCACACAAACAAAUUGGAAAAGUAAUAAGAAACCGUUUGCAAAAAGUAUGGCUCCACCCAGACUUUGUUUUCAAACGCACAAAAGAGUUCCAAAAGCACCAGGAAUGUCUAAAGGUUCUGCACAACUUUUCCGAUCGUGUCGUGCGGGAACGCAAAGAAGAACUUCGUAAGCGCAAGCAACAGCUAGACCAGAACAACAACAGCAAGCAGACUGACGAAGACUGCAGUGAGUUUGAGGAUGGCAUCUAUCGGAAGAAACAGCUUGCCUUUCUUGAUCUUCUGUUAGAAGGUUCCGAUUUGUCCGAUCUAGCAAUUCGCGAGGAGGUAGACACAUUCAUCAUCGGCGGCCAUGACACGACGGCAGCCGCUAUGGCCUGGAUACUGUAUCUGCUUGGUGCCGCUCCUGAGAUACAGGACCGUGUCAUUCAGGAGAUCGACGAAGUAAUGGGCAAGGACCGGGAACGUCAUCCAACGAUGGCGGAGCUGAACGAGAUGCGUUAUUUGGAGUGCUGCAUCAAAGAGGGUCUUCGGCUGUACCCAAGCAUACCGGUAAUCGGUCGGCGUCUUACGGAAGACGUGCGAGUGGACAACUACACCAUACCUGCCGGUACCACGGCCAUGAUCGUAGUGUAUGAGCUGCACCGCGAUACGUCCGUAUUUUCGAACCCGGACAAGUUCAACCCAGAUAACUUCCUGCCGGAGAACUGCAACGGGCGGCAUCCGUACGCUUACAUACCGUUCAGUGCCGGGCCGCGUAACUGUAUUGGCCAGAAGUUCGCUAUACUGGAAGAGAAAUCAGUCAUAUCGGCUAUAUUGCGCAAAUUCCGCAUUGAAGCGGUCAAUCGGCGUGAGGAUGUACAGCUGCUGUGUGAUCUGGUACUCCGACCCAAAGAUGGGUUAAUAGUGCGGCUGCACAAACGGGACUGAACAGUGAGCGCUCCACGUUCAGACAGGGUGAAGAAAACACACAACAUAUCUGUAACGUUGGAGGCAGCACUUCUCAGUAUUACUUUCGUCUUCCUUUUUCGCAAGCAGCGACGGCUCUAAUCUUAAGCAAAUGAGAAAGAAGUAAAAAACUCAGACAAUAACAGCAUCAGUUAAAACGACUCUCUGGGUGCUACUUAUUUUAACAACCACUUUUCUUGCUCAUCUAUUUCUACGCUUGUAACGUAAUCCAUUCUCUUGCAUGUUGUAAGAUACAGUGGUAUGUCAAUUAUACAUCUUGCUUUGCCCAAUAAUCUUAACAUCGACGGCAUGUUCUUUCGUUUCUAUCAGUGCCGUAACGGGUUUUCUUCUCUCUAACCAUAGUAAAAUGAUUCUAUGCUAUGCUAGACAAAGCGAUAGAUAACGUUAGUUGUGGCUGUUAUUAUUGAGCAUAAGGUGGCUGAGAACUCUCUCUGACAUGCAUGACUUGCAGAACAAUACUUUAAAAUAAAUAAAAUAUAUGUAUGCGCGCACACAGCUAUAGUAAAGCUAAAGAAGAAGUAAAAUGUACAAUGUAAAUUAAAGCGUCCGCAGAAAGAAAAGUCAUGUGAUUAAUGAAAUUAUUUACUUGGAUGACAUCAUUUCUACCGAUGUCAAAUAACCAAUUAUGAGCUCAAGCAAAGUAGCGUGAGUUAUUUAUUUAUUAAUUAUCACAGUCACGCUAAUCAAUCAUUGAAUUGCGACCAUGUAGUAUAUCUCCAUUAAUCCAUUCCUUUCUUAAUUACCUAAGUGUUUCUCAGUUGUUUAUGUAAAAUAUUUUCUCAGUUGUUUAUGUCUUGCUUUCAAGUGCCCUUUAAACCAAUGGCGAUAUUUGUGCUUCUUCUUCUUCUUUGGCCUCACGACCUCUUAGGUCUUGCCU